AUGGCUACCAUCACCGCAAACAGACCCUCUGGGGGAUACACGGUGUCGGAGAAUAUUGCCAAUCCCGCAGUUAGAAAUUGGGUUGAGCAGAAGUACCACGAGAUCGGAUUCAACGGGGACGGAAGUUUUAUCGGGAAAAAGGCGUUCAAAAAGAAGCUACUCCAAGAUGCACCGAAAGCUUUUGCAAACACCAAUGAUUCAUGGUGUAUUGGGCUCUAUGCCAAUCAGAUCAUCAGGUAAAACCCGAAUAAGCUUAACCAAUGGAGUAUAGGGUAUGUCAAGGCACUGGAUACUGACUGUGCCAUGUUAUAAUUUCCAGGAAUAUGCGUCUUACCGGAGGAAGCGGUCGUGCGGAUACCGACGGUGUGCCAAUGGAGUGCUCUGUACGUCUCGGCUUGAUAUUCCCACUAUCAUUCCCCUUCCAUCCCUUCCCCAUGUCUGACCAUCUAUGUGCGCAGGGAUACGAUGGGCAGAUACAUCAUCCGUCAUACGAACCAAGAUCCGAGUGUUUUUCAGCUGCACCCAAAUGCUUGGAGAAACAGGCCUUGCUGCCCACAUUCCACCACCACCACAAGGCGAUAGAUGUCUUCAAUUACCAAACGCUGCACGAGGCUCUUCAAACAUUGGACGAACCACCCCUAGGCGAAUGCGAAUCGGAGAAGGGUACCCCACUACCAGCGUAUGGGUCCAUUGCUCAUCAUCACCAGCAGCUGGAUUUUCCGCUCCCCCUUUGUCAAUAUCAAUAUGGAAUGCCCAUAGCCCCACAGCCGCUUCAACCACCUCCGCCCUUCCCCCAUGACCCCUCCGCAUACAAUUUUAUGCAGUCGGCAUACCCACCCGCCCCACCGUAUGGGAGCUUAAGUCCGAACCACGGACCGAUAUACUCGGCGUACGGUUUGGCUAUAGCAUAUACCCAACAACAAAACCAGCAGCAUCAGUACCAGAACCAGCAACCCCCCGUAUACACCUCAAAUGGAGCAUGCGCACCAGCAGCGUAUGGGUACAAUACGCUUUACGCUCAGCCGCUGUAUUCCCAACACCAGCUUCAGCUCCAGCAUCACCAACAGCAGUACUCACCAACCUACAUCCCACCACCAUAUGGCUCACCCCCAUCCUACGGCUUCACAAACUACAUCCUACAAACCACAGCCCCUUGUUCCUCCUCCCCCACUUCUUCUCCCUCUUCUUCUCCGGGCAUUGCACCAGCAUCAAAGCCCUACCAUGAAUACGGUGACUGUGGGGAAACCCUCCCACUCCCGGCAAUGGUGAGCGCGACCAGGCUCCUGGGAGGCGGGGAGAUCCGCUCUCUAGCAGUAUUCACAUCUGUAUUCCGGAACAUGCCAUACAUAACCAAAGACGGACCGAUCGCUGGAAUGAAGCUCAAGGAUCCAUGCCUGAAUUGCAAAGCCCUCAUGCAGACCAUCCCAUCAGAGAUAUCGAUCCUCGCAGGAACAGGCUCUGGCUGCGCACUCGACUGGAUUGUUGAAAAGGCUGUUUCCGCGCCCAGUGCCACCACUGCCGCCACCACUCCUACUACCACAACGCCACCAACACCCAUCCCUCCAAUGAUCGGAAGCACACCAACGCCACAAGGCUACAACCUGAUACUAUCAACAGCCUACUCCGCAACAAAGCAGGACAUUUACCACCUACUGGAAACCUGGACACUGAACAAUACAACCCCAACCCUCCCCGCGCACCAAAAGGCGUCACUGGGGACGCUCUGGAGGGAAUUCAUCCUCCCCUUCCGCGACAGGAAUCAAAUUUUCAGACUCGACAACGGGGACAACGUAGACCCGAGCAUGCACACACUUAACUCCGUAGAAUUACCCAUAUGCACAGUUUUCUGCGCUAUCGCCUACGUCUUCUCCGUAGUUCUGCGGCCGGAGGUCUCCCAACUCACUUGCCCCUCCUUCAGCACGGCCGGCGCCAAAGGCGGAGGAGAGGAAGGAGAAGGAAAGGAAGGCGACAGAGACGGUUUCUACCUACCACUCCUGGCGGUACUGGGAAAAUGGUGCAGCACCAUAUGCCCGUGGGCACACCCGAAUGUGGUCAACGUCGCCUACUCCUCCCCCCCUCCUACCUCCCCAACGGAGGGAAUAGACACCCACUUUGUCAUCGGAACCUCAAAGCCAAGUGUGCAAGCCGGCUUCCCCAGCGAAGCGGUGAAGAGCAAGCACCAGGGGCAAAUGCGUACUUGGAGGAGAAUAUUCCUGGAGGAGAGAUUCGGCGCACUGAGGAAUCCUUGUCCGGUUAAAGUGGCCGGAAUGGCCGCCGCUGUCAAUGGUGGGAGUGGGAGUGGGAAUGGCAGUAAUGUGGUUGUGGGAAAGAAGGGAUUUAUUUGA